AACCGGAACAAAUCAUCACAACAGUUCCGCGCAUACACUGAGCCGCACGCAGUCAUCUCGCCGGUGUAUCUGAGUAAACAGUGUAGUAUUCUAUUGAAUUCAUUGGACGUGUGUUAGUUUAUUGGUGCGGUGAUUUUUUUUAGUUUUCACUAAUACUUGCGUGUGUCUAAAACAAAAAGUCUUUAUUUACAACUUCAAUAUCAGAGAAAGAAAGGAACACCCCGUUUCACCUAACAAAUCGAGACUAUUUUCAAUAUAAUUGUAUUAAUUACUUUGAUUAUCGCCCAUUUAAUUUUUUACGAAUUUUUUAAUCGUUGUAAAUGUGCCGGGCGUGUACCGAGUGCGGACUAUGAGCUGCACAGAGGUUAUGUAUCAGGCGUAUUAUCCGUAUUUAUAUCAGAGAUCCUCAGGUACGGCCGCUCCGCCGUCCAGAGCACCACACCACCACUUUGCCCCUUUCACUCAUCAAUAUGAUCGGCUAAGAACUUUGGAAACGCAUCAACAACCAUCUACAUCUUCUCCACUUGGAGGUAAUGAUUCGCCAGCUAAUCGAUGGACAAAUUUAGCAGAGCAUGCAGAUUCACACCACAGCAGCGUCGGAUCUGGAGCGUCUAGUGUGGGACCAGUUGGCGGAAUCUCUAGUCCAGCGUUAUCACCUGCAACUGCCAACAACUCUUCUGUAGUGCACAAAGAGGAAGAAACGUCCCGAGAUGGCGUACGCAUCGAAAUGGACGAUGAAGAAGAUAACGUGGACGACUCGAGAUCGCGAGAUAGGCGCACCGCAGCACACGCGCAGUACGUGUCCGUCAACUGCGUGGUAUUUACCCAUUACACAGGAGACGUGGCUUCCGUAGUGGACGAACACUUUUCCAGGGCGUUAAACAGCGAUCAAAAGCUGAACAGCGCACACCAAACUUCGACCAAAGAUUCUUCACCGAUGUCAUCUAGAAAUUUCCCGGCGUCGUUUUGGAACAGCAACUAUCAUUCACAUCACUCAACUAGUCAGGUUUACCAUCCCGAAACGGUAUAUCAUCAUCACAGCACUGCUGGAACUCCAGCAGAUCCUUGGCAGACCCAUUACCAACAGUAUACCGCAGCGGCUGCCCAUCACCAUCAUAGAGCUGUUCAUGAAUAUCACCACCACCAUAAUAUGGCUGCUCAGUAUAGCAGUCUUUUAUUACCACCACCGACUUCUAGGUUAGCACCACCACCGCCACCUCCUUCUUCUAGUCACCCACAUCCACAUCAAUAUCAUAGUAAACCUGGUAUGGAGCCAUGGCCAAAUAGUGCUCAUCAUCCAGUUUUAGACACUGGAGCUUCUUAUUCAUCAUACCCUACUGUUCCAGGUUUAGAAGCACAAGUACAAGAAACAUCUAAAGAUCUAUAUUGGUUUUAAGAAGGAAGCAAGUGUUUAUAAGUUAUUCCAUUUUUAACAUGUACUGUACAUAAUAAACUAGUUUUAUUUAUUUGUGUAUAUUUACAUACGUUUGUAUUGUAUAUAUAUAUAUAUCUUUUUACAACACUGAUAACACAUUAUUUGCUUUUAGAAAUUAAGUACCCAGCCUACUCAUUUUACAGUACGCUUAAGGUAAAUAAAUUCUUUUUCGUAGCCAUUUUGUUAAAUAUGAGCAAAUUUUCUCUUUGUUGUUAUAUUAGUAUAUAAUUUAAACUACACAUGAAACGAAAUCGAUUAGAGUUAUUUUGUUUUAUUUCUAAACUAAUUUUACUAUGUAUUAAGAUUUUAUUGUGUUGCUUAAAUGAAUGCUGUUCGUGUAUAGUACUUGUAGACGUGAUUAAUUACAAUAACGAAAUAAAUCUAUCCAUACCUUUCUUGGUGUCUAAUUUAAUGUUUUAUAGAAAUUUCAUCAAAUGUGUAAAUAUAGGUAUUGUUGUUUUGUUUAGUUAUAGUCUUAAUACGAUUAGUAUCGAGUGUUGAUGUGCAAUGUUAGAAACUAUAUUGAGUAGGUCCAUAAUAUGUAUUUAAUAUAAUUCAACGUUUUAAUCAUACCUACCAAAGUUUUUAUAAUUUAGAUAAUAAAUAUAUUACCUAAAAUGAUAUGAUCAGAACAUACAUGCUCUGAUACACUAAAAUAAUUUAUCAAUGUACCAAUAUAUUUAAGUCUUAAAUUAUGAUAGCUUUUUUUUUAUUAUACAUGUUAGACUGCUAUAGAUUAAUAAAAAUUAAAAAUUGGUAA